AUGGCUUCAAGCGUAUCGAGGUUCAUGAAGUGCGUGACUGUGGGCGAUGGCGCGGUUGGCAAGACCUGUAUGCUUAUCUGCUAUACCAGCAACAAGUUCCCCACUGACUAUAUACCAACUGUGUUUGACAACUUCAGUGCAAAUGUGGUGGUUGAAGGAACAACAGUCAACUUAGGCCUUUGGGACACAGCAGGUCAAGAAGAUUACAACAGGCUAAGGCCCUUGAGCUACCGAGGAGCUGAUGUAUUUGUUUUGGCGUUUUCGUUAGUUAGUCGAGCUAGCUAUGAGAACAUACUUAAAAAGUGGAUCCAUGAACUUCAGCACUUUGCUCCUGGAAUUCCUUUGGUACUCGUUGGCACCAAACUAGAUCUUCGUGAGGAUAAGCACUAUUUGGCUGAUCAUCCUGGAUUAGUUCCUGUUUCCACAAUCCAGGGAGAGGAACUCUGCAAACAAAUCGGCGCCUCAUGCUACAUUGAAUGCAGCUCCAAAACUCAACAGAAUGUAAAAGCAGUUUUUGAUGCUGCUAUCAGGGUAGUGAUCAAGCCCCCACAAAGCCAACGGGAGAAGAAAAAGCCGCGGAGCGGGUGUUUCGGGAACAUGUUCUGUAGAAGAAAGUGCUUGGAAUGA